UUUGCAAACAAAAUCCUGAAAAAGACGCCCCUCUCUCUCUGUCUCUCUCUUUCUCUUGCCUCGCGACUCUCUUUCCCUCGAGCUCUCUCGCCGGACGCCGCUUUUCCUGCGCCCCUCGAGACGCCGCUUUCUCUCCGUCACGCACGCCGUCGCGCUCGUCUCUCUUCUCAGGCCGGCAUUCUUCAAGCUCUUCAGUUUUCAGAUUCGUCAGCCGAUGAAGAAAACGUGUCUUUAUGGUGCUUCCAUCUUCCUUCUUCGUGCUCCAGUUGCGAUCUCCAGCCAGUCAUCCCAUUCCCGUCUCUAUCUCCCUCAUCUUUCUUGUGUCCCUUUCUCAUUACGCAGUCAUUGGAGGUUUUGUUCAAUGCCAAACCCUAAUUUAGAUGACUUGAACCAGCUCUUGAGUUAUGUGAGGAAAAAUUGCAGAAAUGGUGGUGUGUUCACGAGUGUCGAUGAUGCCCUGCGUUGCUUCGGUAAAAUGAUAGAUGCGAGUCCUUUGCCUUCCGCCAGGGAUUUUAGUCUACUGUUGGGUGCUACGAUGAGGAUGAAGCAAUACUCGACCGCGAUCCGGUUGAUUGAGCAGCUGCGCUCCUUGGGGAUUGAAGAUGAUCAUGUUUUGCUGAAUAUUUCCCUAAAUUGCUUUUGCUGGUUAAACCGGGUUGAUUUGGGUUUGUCUAUCCUGGGUAGGAUCUUCAAGAUAGGGUUUCACAUUGAUGUGGUGGCAUUGAGCACCCUAAUUGAUGGUCUCCUUAUUAAAGGCAAAAUUAAUCCGGCACCGAGCUUCCUCGAUGAUAUGGUUCUAAAUGGCCCAAGCACUGAUGAGACCACGUAUGCAAUAAUCGCAAAGGGGUUAUGCAGGGCGGGUAACACCAAAUUGGCGAUGGAGUUGCUAAGGCACUGGGAAGAGAGAAGCUGCAGUAUCAAUUCCUUCACGUACAGCAUUGUAAUUGAUAGUAUUUGCAAGGAGGGAUUGAUCAUAGAGGCGUUGAGACUCCACGAAAGUAUGAGCAAGAAAGGUGUCAAACCAGAUGUUGUUAUUUAUAACAGCUUGAUCCAUGGUCUGUGCAAUGUAGGUCAGGUGGAAGAUGCUCUCGUAUUGUUGAAAGAGAUGACCAGUAGAGGUAUCCAACCCGACAUAUUCACUUAUAACUCCUUGGUUUAUUGCUUUUGCAACCUAGGCCAAUGGAAAGAUGCUACAGUCUUUUUGGAGAAGAUGAUGAAGGCAGGAAUUGAACCGAGCGUUGUUACCUAUACCUCCAUCAUUCAAGGAGCUUGCAAUUCCGGCCAAUUGAAAGAGGCUGGAAGACUGCUGAGUGAUAUGGUGCAAAGAAGAGUAAUGCCGAAUGUACAAACCUUCACUAUUCUGGUGGAUGCACAUUGUAAGGAGGGAAUGCUUGUAGAGGCAGAGAACAUAGUCGACCAGAUGAUUCAAUUAGGUAAAAUGCCUGAUAGUUUCACUUAUAAUACAUUGAUAAACGGUUAUUGUCUGCAAAAUAGAAUGAACAAUGCUAUGGAAGUGCUUAAUUUGAUGGUUGAAAGAGGCUGCUCACCUGAUGUUGUUUCUUACUCCAUAUUGAUUAAUGGAUACUGCAAAGCGAGAAAAGUUGACAAGUCAAAGAUGCUAUUGGGAGAAAUGCUGCAAAGGGACUUGAUUCCUGACGCCAUCACGUACAACACACUCAUAAAUGGAUUUUGCCAGGUUGGCAACCUUCAAGCCGCGGAGGAGCUAAUUAAUGAUAUGCAAUCUCGUGAUCUCUCUCUAGAUCAUUAUACAUUGAAUGCUUUCCUGGAUGGCUUCUGUAAAAUGCAGCAGAUUGACAAGGCCAUGAUAUUGUUUCGAAAGAUGGAAGGUUCCAAAUUCAUCCCUAACAUUGUGGCUUACAAUAUCCUAAUAGGUGGCAUGUGUAAUGACGGAAAGCUUGAUGAUGCAAAGGGGCUGUUUAAUUGUUUGCUUGCUCAAGGCUUGCAACCUAGCGUGUGGACGUAUAACAUUCUCAUGCGUGGGUUGUGCAAAGGAGGAUGCGCAGAGGAAGCAUAUCAGCUCCUAAAGGAGAUGGAAGGAAAUGGAUGCUUUCCAGAUGGGAUUACUUAUAACACAAUAAUCCAAGGACUACUAAGAAAUAAGGGAAAUACGAGAGCAGUGCAACUUGUCGGUGAAAUGGUUGAAAGGGGUUUUUCUGCCGAUGUGGUGACGAUGGAGUUGUGGGUUAAAUAUCUCGUGACAAAUGGAACUUCUUUCUUUUCCAGUAGAGCUCUCCAUUGUCCCGGAGAUCUAUCCACUUUUUCAUCUGAAAUGUGAUGAAGAGUAAAUUAGAUUCACGGCAAGUUUUCUUCCAAACA